AUGCCUAAGAGCUGUGAGUCGAGGGAAAAGUCCGCCUACAGCCGGUACAUCAACAAGUGCCUGGGCUUCGAUGCUGACUGCCGACCCUACCUGCCACUGGACCCCUACAACGAAGAUCUUUAUGAUGCAAUUCGUCAAGGCCUGAUUCCCUGCAAACUGGUCAACAACUCGUUUCCAGAAGCGAUCGACGAGCGUUGCAUCCACAAGAGCUUGAACAUAACAAAUAUAACCCAGCGAGUGGCGAACCUCCAGCUUGGAGUGACAGCUGCCCUUUGCAACGGCUGUGCGAUUCGCUCUGUUCAAGUGGAGGAUCUCGUGUCCGACACGAAGGAGGGAAAAUGCAACAGCCUGGAGUUUGUCUACCAGGUCAUCAUCAACGGCUACUUUAGACAAAUUAAUGUAUACCAACAUCCAGAGAUUUGUAACCUCAAGUUCGUUGGUGAGGAUACAAGAGACAUUAAAUGCAUAUCUCCACAGGAGCUUCUGCUACGUUACGUCAACGUGCAUCUGCUACACGCUGGCAUCUCUAAACAGAUAUGCAGUUUUGAGGACCUCUGUGAUGGUAUCGUCUAUGCCUAUCUGCUUUACCACAUUGCCCCGAUGACUCUGCGCAGUCGACUCAUCUCGCCUGACCAGAUCAUCAGCGAUGCCGAUCUUUCUAACAGAGCCAAAGCCGUGUUGCAAAAUUUGCGCGAGUUAGAGGCCGAUAUGUUUCUCUGUCAUGCCGACUUUAUGGACUCGCGCACAGAGCUGGAUCUGGUGACCCGUCUGCAUCUGGCCACCAUAGCCCAUCUAUUCUGUAUGUUUCCGGGAAUAUUGGUCACCAUGGGCAACCAUUCUCGAAGCCGAUUGCAGGAGGAUAUCGAUCAUCUGGUCACACGUAACUUCGUCAACUCUUUCGGCGUGACUCCGUUUUCGACGCACACUUGCGUCAACCUACGAGACGGCCUGCUUGGCUGCCAACUUUUCGAGGUGUUGCGCCCUGGAUCGUCAAUCGGACUGAAGUUUAUCCGGGAAUUCGAUCCAGAAAGAAUUGAAUCCCAAUAUAUUCAUAACAACACAAAUAUUGUUCGCCUGGUGCAGAGCUAUCCCCUCCACUUGCCACAUAUAGACUCUGAACGACUCUCCAAGACAGACGAAGCUUGCUGUAUGUCUCUUCUGCUCGAGAUCAAGCGCGCCUACAUCUCAAAUGACCACUACGAUGAGGCGGCUCUUCUGCGUUGGGUAAACGAACAAUUGCACAGGGCAGGCAGAAGCGUGGAGUUGCGUAGCUUCAGUGACCGCGCUAUCCCAGAGGAGAAUCUGUUCGCUAUUGUGCUGAAUAAUCUGACAAAUGGGAUGGCCCGGAAGGAAAUGAUGACGGGCAAGAGGACCGAGAAUGCACGCUAUUACAUCUCGAUUGCUCACAAAGCCGGCUAUCCUGUCUUCACCUCGCCGGAACACUUUGCCUCUUGCAACUCGAAGUUUGUCACACUUGCCUUCGCCACACUUCGCUCACCAAUUCGUGUUCUUCACUGA